ACCUUCAUACACAUAAAUGAAGAUCCAAGUCGUAUGGUAGAUGUCAUCGAUGUUAGAGAACAAAAUGAAAUACAGUUGACUUUGAAAGAACUGGUAGAUCACUUUAAUGCAAGACCGCGGAGCCGUCUUUUGAAUAUGUUGAGUCUCGAGUUUUCCCAGACAAGACUCUCUGAAUUGGUACAGCCUCCACAUGUGGUUUCAGAACUCAGUUUGAUAACUAAUUGCUGGGUCCCUGAUGGCUUUGACGAAGAAUCUGAUGAUCCCUCCGAUGCGUCCAGUUCUAUUCCGUCGGUUCAGAAGUACUGUCUGUUAAGUAUGCGUGGUAGUUACACCGAUUUUCAUGUUGACUUUGGUGGAUCUUCUGUUUGGUAUCAUGUCCUUUGGGGCGAAAAAAUAUUUUACCUUCUCCCACCAACUCCGGAGAAUUGCACAGCCUACUGGAACUGUAUUUUCUUUCCAGAUAUGCUGGAAGAAGCCUGGAAGUCUGACCAUAACCGCUCGGCUGAUCGCCCUCAGGUUUUCCAGCUUCGGCAAUCAAGAACCCUUCACAUUCGACAUCAGGAUGUUCUGAAAGAGUUGCUGACACUCAAACCCAAUAAAUCACAUGGUCCUGAUAGAUUGGAGGCUGCAAUCCUUAAGGAGUGCGCACAUACACUUUCGCCAGUAUUUACAGCUCUGUUCAACCAGUGCUUGGAAAACGGAAUUAUACCGGAUUGUUGGAAAGCUGCCUCCAUCAAUCCAGUGCCUAAAAGAGGCACCUCAAAAUUCCGUGCCAUUGCAUGUACGUCUGUUGUGUUGAAGCUUUUCGAGAAGUUACUCCUCCAAGUAAUGUCAUCUCAGCUGAAUGUGUAG